UGGCGUACCGACAACAGCAACACCCACAGUCUCCUCCUAAAGUUAUGAUCCUACGAUUGCAAAAGCCUUCCGGUUCCGCUCCCGCGUUGAUUGAAUGUUCGUGAAUCACAAUUCUAUUUUUCGAUGAUGAAGCCGGCAACGUAUGAUAGCUGUCAAGUAUGCGCUGGCCUUUGGGACCUGUUCAUGAGCGACACUCGUAAUCACAGGAAGCUACCUCAUUGUUAUGGAUCUUCAGAUAAAUCCUGUCCUGGCCAUGAUGCAUUUUCUCAGUACAUCAUGAAACUCUUCCCUGAAUAUAUUGAUGGCCCCUACCUUAGGAGAAUGCGGCCCGAUGGACCUGUGGGUGUGAAGCUUCUUUUAAUAGGCCCAGACCCAGAAAAUUGGUUUGCUAUAUGUGAGCCCCCAGAGGGGAGUCAACUGUCUUGCUAUGGGCGUAUUCUUGACCCAGGCUGGAUUGACGUUGAAUUGAUUAAAGGAUGGAUAAAAGACUGCAUCACAUUUCAUGAGGAUACUUGUGCCAACCCAGUAGGAGUGCCUCCGGUAUCUCCCCAAUGGCUCAUCGAUGUACAGGAUGCUUGCAUCAUUCCUGGUGGAGGGAUUCCCGACUAUGUAGCUUUAAGUUACAGGUGGGGUGCUUCUAAAGGUCUUCGAAGAGGGGAAGGAAGCCUUGACAUAAAGGCACUUCGAAAACCUGGAGCGUUGGCAGAAGCCCAAAUCGUCCAGAUAUUACCACCAACCAUCGCGGACGCAUUGCAGCUGGUUGAUGCGAUCGGUGAAAGGUACCUUUGGGUUGAUGCCAUAUGCAUUGAUCAGAGUGACGAGGCGCACCUUAAUCACCAACUUGAGAUCAUGGGAGCCAUCGCUACGGACGGAGACUCAACCAGUGGUAUCAAAGGCCUCAAAGGAAUAUCCACUGCCCGCGACCUACAGCAGGAUAUUAUUCCGCUUUUCGAGCACUUCAAGAUCGUUCGGACUUUACCUUGCGACUUUCGAAAUGUACCGGUCCUGACUGAAGAUGAACACUUCCUAGGAUACUUUAGACGGGGCUGGACACACCAAGAAUUCCACUUAUCGAAGAGACGUCUUAUAUUCUAUAAGAAGCAGAUCUUUUGGCAGUGCACCUGCGCAAAUUGGUCUGAGGACUUGAUUCAAGAAAUGACGAAAUUCUCUAAGUUUCAAUAUCAUAGAGGCAUAAGUCUUCAAGAUUCAUCCUUGUUGAAAGGUAUCCCGAAUCUAGACAACUUGUCUCGGAUUCUUGCAGACUAUAACUCAAGAGAACACUCUUACCCAGAAGACGCCCUGCCAGGAAUUAUGGGUCUCCUCUCCAUCCUCAGUAGGACUUUUGAGGGAGGCUUUUUAUGUGGUCUUCCAGAGACUUGUUUCGACGCCGCAUUAAUGUGGAGAGUUGGUGGACCUCGUAGGCCAACGCGAAGACGUAUAGCUUCGAAAAAGAGUUCCACAGUAUCUCUGUUGCCGUCCUGGUCAUGGGUUGGUUGGCAAACCCCUAGCCUACUCAUGGCUCCAAAUGAGAAUCUCGCAAUGCUUGGACUCGAAGCUUGCAGAACUAUACCCAUAACUCAAUGGUUUACGCACGACUCCCCUCAUUCGGAUUCGAAACGGCCUAUAGAGUCAAAAUGGUUCAGCUUUCGAAAGAGUAUGGAGAUUUCGCCUGCUUCUUUGCCAUCCGGAUGGUGGCGGUACGAAGAUGGGACACGGGAUGGACUCCCCUCUAAUGUGGUAAACAAAUUAGGGUAUAACCCAAGAUACUUUUAUUGUCACAAAGAGAUCGCUGGGAUUAAAUAUUACCUACCAUUUCCCAUUAGUACGAAUUACAAAGACCAAAUACCAUGGAGUCCACGCCAGACUCCAUUCAUAUCCUGCAAAACCAAACGAGGUUGGUUUAAAGCACGAAGAGAAGGGUUAUAUGAUCCUUUGAACACAGAGUUUAUGUUGUCGUCAAGUGAUGGUUUUGAUGACUGCGGGCGUCUUGAAUCUCACACAGCAAUAGACACAUUGCUAGCUGCAACCGCGAGUGGACAGUUAACCGUAGAGCUUGUUGCCAUUUGUUCUCAGAUUUUGAUAAGUUUCCACAUGUUCAUGGAUUUGGACUGGCAUAAAGUCUAUGGCGUUCUUUGGGUUGAAUGGGUUGAUGGUGUCGCUUACCGAAGAGGCUCUGGCGUUGUUUAUAAAGAGGCAUGGGAAGCACAUGACCUAGAGGAUGUUGACUUGAUCCUUGGCUAGUAGUAGUAGUUAACAACCAAUGCUAACUUCCACUAGGAUAAGAUAAGUAAAGCAUAGUGACUUGAAAAUAGAACGGGUGCUAGUUUGCUAGUAGUGG